GCCAAAGGCAAGGCAAGGCAAAGCCAAACCUCCCAACACAAACAGCAAUAUAUUUUCAAACAAGCAAAGAAAAGAAUUCACUGCAAUUCUCUUCUAGCAUCUCUCCUUCUCUCCCUGUCUCAGCUUGGAUCAUUCAUAUAUUAAUCCUAGCCCCUCUACCCGUCUCUAUCUUGCUACCUUCCUCUGUCAAUGGCUGCAACAUUUAUGAGCAGAAUCUCCAUGUUCCAUGCUUUUAUUCUAUCAGCUCUCUUUUUCUCAGAUUGUGGCUUUCUACGAGGAGUUGCGUCUUUUGGCAUCAACUACGGCCAAAUUGGCAACAAUCUGCCGCAGCCGGAGAAGGUCCUGGAUCUCCUCAGCUCGCUAAAGAUCACAAAAACGAAAAUUUACGACACGAAUCCUCAAAUUUUGACUGCAUUUGCCAACUCCGGUAUCGAACUCAUUGUGACAGUUGAGAACGACAAGCUAAGCGACUUAACGGACCCCCAGCAAGCCCUUCAAUGGGUGAGCAGCCGCAUUAAGCCAUACUUUCCGGCCACGAAGAUCACUGGAAUUGCGGUUGGAAAUGAGAUAUUCACCGGAGACGACAUGACACUAAUGUCAUAUCUGGUACCAGCCAUGAUCAGCAUUCAUGGAGCUUUAGUUCAACUAGGACUGGAGUCUUACAUCCAAGUUUCAACCCCUAAUUCGCUAGCCGUUCUUGGCGAGUCGUACCCACCUUCGGCUGGCAGCUUCCGAGGCGAGCUCACCGGAGUCAUGUCACAAUUUUUACGGUUCUUGUCCAACACCAAGUCACCCUUUUGGAUCAAUGCAUACCCUUAUUUUGCUUAUAAAGAUAGCCCAACUCAGAUUUCUUUGGACUAUGUCCUCUUUAACCCUAAUUCAGGGAUGGUUGAUCCUUACACCAAGCUACACUAUGACAACAUGCUCUAUGCUCAGGUAGAUGCAGUUAUUUGUGCAAUUGCUAGGAUGGGCUUUGAAGGGUUGGAAGUUAAGGUAACAGAGACUGGGUGGCCGUCGAAAGGGGACGUAGAUGAAGUUGGUGCAACUGUGGAAAAUGCGGCUAUCUACAACAGAAAUUUGCUAAGAAGGCAAUUAGGAAAUGAAGGGACCCCAUUGAGGCCUAAUAUGAGGCUGGAAGUUUAUUUGUUUGCUUUGUUCAAUGAGGAUUUGAAGCCUGGGCCGACCUCCGAGAGGAAUUAUGGUCUUUAUCAACCUGAUGGAACCAUGGCUUACAAUGUGGGGCUUUCGGCCUUAUCAACUACUUCAUCAACCGCCACCAUUUCUCUUACUUCAUCAGCCACCAAGGCUGCAAACAAGGGAUACCGAUAUCAAAGCUUGGUGUACUGGAUGUUUGUAUAUUUGCUGGCUUUCCAAGUUUUUAUGACAACAAGACCAUUUUAACAAAAUGGGCCGGGUUGAUCAUUUAAAUAUUAACUUGUGUCAAGGGAAAAUUGGGUUGCCCUUUGGGGCCUUUAUUUCACUCCAAACAUGCAAAUGAGGCUCCUAGACAAGGGCAAUUCAGGUAUGACUCCAAAUAUAUAUAAGGGUAUAUAUAUAUACCCCAUUUUCCACAAUCAAACUACAAGAAUCUCUGUGUUGAUGGGCGUUUGAUACCAAAUUUCGCUACAAAUGCGCAAGUCCUUUCAAUCUCAUGGGCCAUUGACUAUCAUCAUUUGUAUAGAGUUCCAUGCAUCCAUCAUCCCCACCAUGAGUGACACCAGCUUACCAUCCCAGUUGCGUAUUCGGUACAUACAAGACAAGAGCAUUGAAUUAUCAACGGUGUAAGAUGCUGUAGAAGAAAUGUUUCUCAAUUCAAUUGUUCUUUUUCGGGAAAUUUAUGUGUAUGUAUAUUUAUGCCAAGAAAAACAUUGUAAGGCUCUCCUCAUUGGUUUCAACUAAAGCUCUCUACUUUUGGGGCGUGGAAUCCAUAAACUGUUCACAUAUAUAAAGAUUCAGCACCGCGUUUGCUUUCUUCCUUU